AUGAUUGGUUCCUAUAUUAGGACAGCCACUUUCAUAUUAAUAGGAUUAAUUAAAUCUUCAAUCCAGUGUGAUUCAGCUACUUUGCAAGGAUGUUUAUUAGAUGACAGUAUUGAGACAAUAAAAAUGCCUCUCUUAGAUUAUUCAGCUUAUGGAUAUGGCUUUUGGUUCUAAUAUUUGUCUACAUAGACUACAUUAUAUGAAAGCUUAACAACAUUCCCUAAAAUCGAAGGGUUAUUGAUAUUAAGGGAAAUAAAUCCUGAUAAUUCAUAAUAUAGGGUAUUCUUUUAUUAAGAUUGGACUAACAAAAAUGCUAAUUAAGAGAAAUAUUUAUAUUUAUAAUAUUAAAUAGAUAAUUAAAUGAUUGAAUUAGCAAAAUUUGUAUUUGAUUCAUUCAAUUUUGAUGGUAAAUGGAUUCAUAUAUAAAUUUCUUAUUAAUAUCCUUAUUAAAGAUAAAUAGUUAUAUAUGAUAUUUGGAAUGAUAAUUGUUAAAUUAUAAAUUAUGAAUCUAAUAGUAAUCUAGAAAUGAAAGAGACAAUAAUUACAUAAGGAGGAGAAUUAAAAUUACAAUUAAAUUAAAAUGAUGAAAUAAAAUAAUUUGCUUAUUUUCCUGGAAGAAUUUCAAAAGUAUAGUUUAACUUCAAUAAAGAUUAUAUUAUUUUUAAUACAGUUCAAUAAUUUAGAUUAUUUCUUGAUUAAUAAUUUAUUCCAUAACCAUAUUGUUAAGUUAAUACAUAUGAUGUAACAUCAAUAUCAAAUUAUAUUUAUUCAUAUGGAUUGAUUUAAUUAGAAUCUUGGAUUAAGAUUGAUUAUAAUUUGGUAAUAUUAUUAUAUAUAUAUAUCUUUAGAAUAUAAAUUAUUCAGCUAGUGUUUUUGGAGUUGAAAUAUUGUUUCUACCACAUCUUAAUUCCUAUUAAAAAAUAGUUGAUUUAUAAUAUUGUCUUCUUUAAGCAUGGACAUCUGAUUUAGCAAAUGGAGUGUAUUUCUAAACUUUCAAUUAGAUUGAUCCAGACUUUUAUCCAAAUUUACAUCAAUAUUUUGAUAAAUCAGAUAUUGCUUUUCAUACUUUAAAAUAGGAUUUAAGAUAAUGGCAUUAUGUUUCUAUUCUUUAUGGUUUUGAUGAAUAAUAAGUUCCAGUUUCUAAUUUAAAAAUGUGGUUUAGUGAUGGGGAUAUUUAUGAUGUUUAAUAUCAUAAUAGAACUUAUCAUUUUGAUGGUGCAAACUUAAAAAUUAGAAGUGGAUAACUAUUUAGUGCUGCAUCUGAUGGUAUGUAUAUAACAACAGAGAGUAGUAAAAUAACUGUUUGUUUACCUGAAUCUUUUAUAUUAAUGAAAAGUAUAUAUAUUUUUGAUUAAACAAGAAUGUCACUUCAGUUGUUUAGAUUGUAAUGGACCAUAUCUUGAUUAAUGUAUAAGUUGUGAUUAGAAGUCUAAUAGAUAUUUAGAAAAUAGUUAUUGUAAAUGUAGUCUAGGCUAUAUAGAAAGUAAUGUUGGAAAUUGUAUAUGUAAUAUAAAUUAUGUAAUGUAGAAUUUCUGAAUUUUUAUCCAAAUUCUAUUUAAGAAUAUAAUGCAAAGAAUUAAACUCUAUCAUAAUUUGGAUAUUUUCCAAUUAAAGAAUUCAAUAAUGA